GGAUGCUUUAAGAAAUUACUCAACCAGAUAAAUGAAGCAGAAGGAGGACUGGGAAAAAUUCUCACGUGGCUAUGAGAAUUUUGGCUUCCACGUUAAUCCAGACAACAGUGUGACCUGCCGUGAAUGGGCUCCCUUGGCCCAGGGCCUGUUCCUCAAAGGGGAUUUUAAUAACUGGGAGAAGUGUGCACUGCCUUUCAAGAAGUUGGACUUUGGUAAAUGGGAAAUCACUCUACCCCCCAACCCAGAUGGAUCGUGCCCCAUUCCGCACUUGUCACGUGUCAAGAUUGGUGUGUUGUCCUCAAAGGAUCAGGUAAACAGCUGCUGUAUUAUCAGUAUACACUUGUCUUUUUUCUACAUCAUAAGUUGCAUGGGUCACCUGGUCAGGUUUAUUCCAGGAGUGGAACAAAGGGAAUAA